UACAAUUUGAAGUUACAAAUUAUACUAUCAUUUUUAUUUAUCUCAACAUGACGUUUGAUACUAUGUCAUGUAAUUGGGCAAGAAAAAUAUUUAUUCAUGUUAUUCUCGGAUCAAUCGUUAUAUCAUCUGUCCUGCAAUAUUCGGUGGAGGCUGACGAAGUGCCAGCAUUUUUUUUAAAAAUUGCUAAAAACAUACCGCGAGUUGGACGAAGUGAUAAAUAUGAUGAUUUGUUUUUAAAUUCUGGGAAAAAUAUUCAUGGAAACACAGGAAAACACGAUGAUAAUAUAAAGUCUUCGCCGUCUUGGCAAUCUCACGAAGAUUCUGAAAGCUUAGCGAAACCAAUUAAAAGACGUGUAGAUUAUUCACCACUCGAUCCUGCAGAAUCUUGGUCCUGGCAACAUUUUCCGCUUGCUAUCGAAGGACCUAAAGAACUUUGGCGAACUUUAGCAGGAUAUUCAAGAGAUCCUUUGGAAGAUAUGACCAAUGAAAUAUGGGUGAGAAAGAAAAGGACUGACGAGGAGACUUCAUUCUGAUUAGAAAAUUAAGAAAUUAG